GCUGGGCUGGCGGGUUGCCGCAUCAGGAAGGGUCUGCGCUGGCUACCGGGACUGUAUUAGGAAUCUUGGAAGCACUGCCAACAUGUCUGAUGUUCAAGAAGCCACUAACCAACUUCUGGAUGUGAACCUUCAUGGGAACCAGAGGUCUAUACAAGUGACAGAAAGUGCUCCCAGAAGUGAGUCUGAGCACCUCCAAGUCACUAUUGGAGCCACUGUACCUACCGGUUUUGAGCAAACAGCUGCAGAUGAAGUGAGAGAGAAAUUGGGGUCAUCGUGCAAAAUCAGCAAAGACCGGGGCAAGAUAUAUUUUGACAUUUCAGUGGAAAGUCUGGCUCAGGUUCAUUGUCUGAGAUCAGUUGAUAACUUAUUUGUGGUUGUUAAGGAGUUUAAAGAUUACCAGUUCAAAGAAACAAAGGAAGAAGUUUUAAAGGAUUUUGAAGAGUUGGCUGGGAAGCUUCCAUGGUCAGAACCUUUAAAAGUAUGGAAUGUUAACACCAGUUUCAAGAAAAAAAAAACAAAGCGCAAAAAGAUAAAUCAGAAUUCAAGUAAAGAGAAGAUUGAUAAUGGACAAGGAGAUAAAGCAGAUGAGAGGGAUGAUAAAAAAGGAUUCACCAACAAAACCUUAGAUUCCCGUAUCUUAGACUAUUACGAAAAUCCAGCCAUUAAAGAAGAGAUAUCAACAUUAGUAGGGGAUGAUUUGGCAUCUUGCAAAGAUGAGACUGAUGAAGGCUCAAAAGAAGAAACUCCUGAGGUGCUGAAGUUUAGAGUCACAUGCAACAGGGCAGGAGAAAAACACUGCUUUUCCUCAAAUGAGGCUGCAAGAGAUUUUGGGGGUGGUGUUCAAGAUUAUUUUAAGUGGAAGGCUGACAUGACCAACUUUGAUGUGGAGGUUCUUUUGAACAUCCAUGAUAAUGAAAUUGUUGUGGGCAUUGCAUUGACAGAAGAGAGUCUCCAUCGAAGAAAUAUCACACAUUUUGGACCUACAACUCUGAGAUCUACUCUUGCCUACGGGAUGCUCAGGCUCUGUGCUCCUCAACCUACUGAUAUAAUAGUUGAUCCGAUGUGUGGAACAGGGGCAAUACCAAUAGAGGGGGCUACUGAAUGGUCUAACUGUUACCAUAUUGCUGGUGAUAAUAAUCCGUUGGCUGUGAAUAGAGCGGCAAAUAACAUCUCAUCUUUAUUGACCAAGAGCCAAAUUAAAGAAGGCAAAGUGUCCUGGGGCUUGCCCAUAGAUGCUGUUCAGUGGGAUAUCUGCAAUCUGCCAUUGAGAACCGGUUCUGUGGACAUUAUUGUAACAGACAUGCCAUUUGGAAAAAGGAUGGGCUCCAAAAAGAGAAACUGGAACCUUUAUCCAGCUUGCCUACGGGAGAUGAGCCGCGUCUGUAGACCAGGGACAGGCCGAGCUGUGCUACUUACUCAGGACAAGAAAUGCUUUACCAAGGCAUUAUCCGGAAUGGGACAUGUUUGGCGGAAGGUGCAUACCGUCUGGGUGAACAUAGGGGGUCUUCAUGCAGCAGUUUAUCUUCUGAAACGUACACCUCAAGCUUUUGUUCAUCCUGUAGAACAAAAUGGGGAAAGAACUCCUUGGUGA